GCCGCACUAGGCCGACGCGGCGGAUGACGCCAUCGGAUGACGCCGCGAGAAGGUCACACGGGAUCUUACAGCAUGGCGGCGGCGGCGGCGCUGCGGGGAUGCUGGUGCCGCUGCCCGCGGAGAUGCCUUGGAGGUGGAGUCCGUUUUCUCUCCAGCCACAACCUAGUGCCACUACCCCAUGGUACCUAUCAGAUUCCCCGGCCGAGUGGAGAGCUGACCCUGUCCAGAUCCUAUUCUUCUGGAAACAGGAAAGGCUUUCUCUCCGGCUUGCUAGAUAAUAUCAAACAAGAGUUAGCCAAAAACAAAGAAAUGAAAGAAAGUAUAAAAAAGUUCCGAGAUGAGGCCCGGAAGCUGGAAGAGUCCGAUGCGCUCCAGGAAGCCAGGAGGAAAUACAGAACCAUUGAAUCAGAAACCAUGCGGACGGGCGAGGUGAUCAGGAAGAAGCUGGGGGAGAUCACCGGCACCGUGAAGGAGAGUCUUGACGAAGUCAGUAAAAGUGACCUUGGCCGGAAAAUCAAGGAGGGUGUGGAAGAAGCAGCCAAGACCGCCAAGCAGUCGGCUGAGUCUGUGUCCAAAGGUGGGGAGAAGCUUGGCAGGACCGCCGCCUUCAAAGCCCUCUCCCAGGGUGUGGAGUCCGUCAAGAAGGAGAUCGACGAGAGUGUCCUGGGGCAGACCGGGCCCUACAGGCGGCCCGAGCGGCUCAGGAAAAGGAAAGAGUUCUCGGGAGAGAAAUUCAAGGAAGAGAAAGUGUUUGAGGCCAAUGAGGAGGCCCUGGGGGUCGUGCUGCACAAGGACUCCAAGUGGUAUCAGCAGUGGAAGGACUUCAGGGACAACAACGUGGUGUUUAAUCGGUUCUUCGAGAUGAAGAUGAAGUAUGACGAAAGCGACAACGCUUUCAUCCGGGCGUCCCGCCUGCUGACAGACAAGGUCACAGACUUGCUGGGGGGCCUGUUCUCGAAGACGGAGAUGUCGGAGGUGCUCACGGAGAUCCUGCGGGUGGACCCCGCCUUCGACAAGGACCGCUUUCUGCAGCAGUGUGAGAACGACAUCAUCCCCAACGUCCUGGAGGCCAUGAUUUCUGGAGAGCUCGACAUUCUCAAAGACUGGUGCUAUGAAGCUACCUACAGCCAGUUGGCCCACCCGAUCCAGCAGGCCAAGGCGCUGGGCCUCCAGUUCCACUCCCGCAUCCUGGACAUCGACAACAUCGACUUGGCCAUGGGCAAGAUGAUGGAGCAGGGCCCUGUGCUGAUCAUCACCUUCCAGGCCCAGCUGGUGAUGGUGAUCAAGAAUCCCAAAGGCGAGGUGGUCGAGGGUGACCCGGACAAGGUACUGCGAAUGCUGUGCGUGUGGGCUCUCUGCCGAGACCAGGGCGAGCUCAACCCCUAUGCGGCCUGGCGGCUCUUGGACAUCUCCGCCUCCAGCACAGAGCAGGUCCUCUGAGCGCAGCAGCCACGAGUGGGGCCUCGGGGCUGGAUCGUCACUGCAGACACACGGGGGACUGGUGUCCACCUGCAGCAACUAGACCUCUGGGGACAAGACUGUCAGCUGUGCCCCCGCCGUGCCAGGACUGCUGCAGAGCUAGCGGGAUGCGGCGGGGAAGGGAGGGGCUGCUGUGCACAACGCCAGCCCCAGCACCGCCCCUCUGCCCCAUGGGGGCUGCUUGGGCCGUGGGCACCCAGGCUACGGGCAGUGCCCAGAGGCCCCCAGCCCAGGGGUACCCUCCCAGGACCCAGUGGUGCGGCCUGGGCCCACUGGCCACAUCAGCCAGGCCGUUUCAGCCUUUUUUUUUUUUUUUUUUUUAACAGUGCCCUUAUUAUUAU